ACUCUCAGGAGUGUUUAGUUGUGCGCUAAGUUCCACGAUCCUCUUCUCCAGCAGAGUGAAAGCAGUAGCAGCAGCAGCAGUGUGUCCACCAUGUUGGUGACCCAGGACUAUGUGGCGGUGAAGGAGGAUGAGAUCAGCGUGGUGCAGGGUGAGGUGGUCCAAAUGCUCGCCAGCAACCAGCAGAACAUGUUCUUGGUGUACCGGGCCGCCAACGAGCACUCCCCAGCGGCUGAAGGCUGGAUCCCUGGCUACGUGUUGGGACAUACCUCAUCCUCCACCACACCCGACCUCCCUGAAGGAACCAUCAAAAAAUCCCUGUCAUGGCACACUGCGCUGCGUAUCCGUCGAAAGUCUGAAAAAAGAGAUAAAGAUGGCAGGAAAUUGGAAAACGGCUACCGCAAGUCCCAGGACGGCCUGGCUAACAAGGUCUCUGUCAAGCUUCUGAAUCCCAACUUCAUCUACGAUGCCCCCCCGGAGUUCCUCAUCCCUCUCAGCGACGCGUCAUGUGAGAGUGGCGACAGCGUCACCCUGAGGUGUAAGGUGUGUGGCCGACCUCGCGCCGCCGUCUCAUGGCGUGGACCCGACAAUAGCAUUCUGAGCAACAACGGACACUACAGCGUCACGUACAGUGAGACAGGAGAGGCAUCCCUGCAUGUCCUGCGAGUGUCUCUCGAGGACAGCGGCGUCUACACGUGUGUGGCCACCAACGUAGCGGGCACCGUCACCUCCUCCGCCGGCCUCACGGUGUCAGCUCCUAAUAACGGCAGCGAAGACAUCUGGAAAAGUAGUUUUGAGUCUUACUUCACAGAGAUCACUGAGCUUGGAAGGGGGCGAUUCUCAGUGACCAAGCGUUGUGACCAGAGAGGCAGUAAACGCACCAUCGCAGCAAAACACGUCAACAAGAAGCUGCUGUGUCGAGAGCAGGUGCUGCAGGAGAUCCGACUCCUCCAGACUCUGGACCAUCCAAACCUGGUCAGACUGCUGGACACCUACGAGACAGCCCACAGCUACGUCCUUGUACUGGAGAUGGCUGACCAGGGUCGCUUCCUGGACUACAUCGUGAGCUGGGGGAACCUGACUGAGGAGAAGGUGGCUUUAUACCUCCGAGAUAUCCUCGAAGCUCUCCAGUACUUGCACGGCUGGAAGGUAGCACACCUUGAUCUCAAACCUGAAAACAUCGUGGUGGAGCAGGUGUGCUCCCAGCCAGUGAUCAAGCUGACUGAUUUUGGUGACGCUGUUCAACUGGACCCUCAUUCCUCUCACAUCCAUCCCCUGCUGGGGAGCCCGGAGUUCUCUGCACCUGAGCUGGUCCUGGGUCAGCCUGUCUCUCUGACGUCUGACCUCUGGAGCUUAGGCGUGGUGACCUACGUUCUCCUGAGCGGCGCCUCUCCCUUCCUGGACGAAAGCCUGGAGGAGACGUGUUUGAACAUCUGUCGGCUGGACUUCAGCUUCCCCGAGGACUACUUCCAGGGCGUGAGCACAGAAGCCAAGGACUUUGUCUGCCUGCUCCUCCAGGGCGAGCUGGAGCGACGGCCCUCUGCUGGGUUCUGCCUGCAGUACCCGUGGCUCCAGCCCCGGGGCGUAGCCAGCGGCGGGUAUGGCCACGUGAAUCACAUGCAGCCUCCGUCGCCGAGUCACUACGGCACACAUCUGGACACCUCCAGGCUCAUCUCCUUCAUCGAGCGGCGGAAACACCAGAAUGACGUCCGGCCCGUUGGCGCCAUUCAGGCCUUCCUCCACAGCCGACUUUACAACCACACCUGACAGAGCGGUCAAAUCUGAUAGAAGACCACCAGGGGGGCCAGUCCACUAUGAACUCUUUCUCCUUCACUAAGCCACAGAAGUCCUGCUGCUGCUGCUGCUGCUGCUGCUGCUGCUGACUGACUGAAUGAUAAACUCCCACAGCCUAUUCUUACCUUGGCAUAUUUUCGCUAUGCCGGCACAACAAAUGACCUGACGGAAUCGAUUUGAGAUUUCAAACUUUGACUCAGCAGGGAGAAAAAAAAAAAAAAAAACACAGAAAGAAACGAGCUUUCUGAGCGAUCUGACGUGAGACGAGUAAAUCUCACGUUUGGACAGUGUUAAAGAAAAUAGAGUACUGUAUAUUAAGAACAAUUCAGGCUGCUUUCGGUUAAACUAAAGAGGACUUUUUUUUGUAACGAGAGAUUACUUUUUGUAAAUGAAAUCGUGUACAGUCGGGGAAAAUGGAGAACUGUCUUAAUUCGGCGGUUUUUGGAAAACGAAAGCAAGAAGGGGAAUGCGGACGCGAAGGGUCUCGUCGGUUCUGACGCAAGGUAGAAACUACCAAAAUCCUGUUUUCCAGAGAUACGUUAAAGCUACCGUUUGUGCAAUAGUUUUUGCUUAUCUUUAUCACCCCGCUUCAUUUCAGCCAGUCUUUUCGGAUUGUAACCUAGACAAGAACACAACUUGAACAAGCGUUAUAGUCAGCAAAGCUUUCCCGGAUCUCCAGCUGCAUCCGCCUUAGUUGUAAAUAAUCUUUUUCCUGCUUUACAAGGUUGUCCCUUUUUGUCCCCCUCCCCCUCUCUCCCUCCGCAGUCCCUCAAGAGUUUAUCUCAAAUGAAUUUACAACAAAACAAACAAACAAACAAAAAAAACAACAACGCUAUUUUGUGUGCAGAGCUGUAGUGAGUCCUUGCAGGACUCUAAAUGGUGGCUGGAUCCUCACGUUGAACAGAGACAGCUGCUAGAAAAUGCACUCGUUGUUCUGCAUCAGUUCUCAUGUGCAAUGUUGCAGCUUUACCAUGUAUGCAACUAUUUAUGAAGACUUGUGUUGUAGCCGUAUUCUUAAA